AUGGGUGUUGAAACCUCUGCCAGCCAUGGGGAGCACAUUACCCCUGCUGGUGCUCCCCAGCAACAGUCAAGCCAAGAAACGCUUGGCUUCCAGAAGCCUGUGGCGGCGGGUGUUGACACGCCCGUCCCUCGCGUGACGCUGCGGUCCUUUGUCCUGACCAUCUUCGUCUCCAUGGGAGGUCUUCUUUUCGGAUAUGAUACCGGUCAGAUCGCCGGUUUCGAGCAGGAGGAUGACUACCUCCGACGGUAUGGUAUGCAGAAGGCGGAUGGGACUUGGUACCUCAGCAAUGUCCGCUCCGGUCUCCUUACCAGUUUGUUGUCUAUCGGUACCUUGGUCGGUGCCCUUGUCGCUGCGCCUAUCGCCAACCGGAUUGGUCGCAAGUGGUCGAUCACUCUCUGGAGUAUCAUCCUUAUCGUCGGUCUGAUUGUGCAGAUCACGUCGCCCUCCGGUAACUGGGUCCAGAUGGUCAUGGGCCGUUGGACCACCGGUCUGGGUGUGGGUGGUUGCUCUCUCCUCGUCCCUAUGUACCAGGGUGAGAGUGCCCCUCGUCACAUUCGUGGUGCCAUGAUCAGUUGUUAUCAGUUGUUCGUCACCCUGGGUAUCUUCUUGGCCUACCUGAUCAACCUGGGUACCCACAACCUCGAUGGAUCUUCUCAGUGGCGCAUCACUCUCGGCAUCACCUUUGUGUUUGCUGUCGCCCUUGGUGGUGGUAUGGUGUUCUUCCCCGAAUCUCCUCGCUUUGCCUACCGCCACGGACGCGUCGAGGAGGCUCGUCGCACCAUGUCCAAGCUCUAUGGUGUUCCUGAGAACCACCGUGUCAUUAUCAAUGAACUGGAUGAGAUUCGGGCUCAGCUCGAGGCAGAGGAUGUCGGCCAGAAGUGGCACGAGUUCCUCACUGCUCCCCGCAUGUUCUACCGUAUCGUGCUGGGUAUCGUCUUGCAGGCGCUCCAGCAGCUGACCGGUGCCAACUACUUCUUUUACUACGGUACUACUAUUUUCAAUGGUGCUGGUAUCUCCGACAGCUUCAUUACUCAGGUGAUUCUCGGUGCUGUCAACUUUGGAACCACUUUUGGCGGUUUGUACAUCGUCGAGAACUUCGGCCGCCGCAAGUCCCUGAUGGCGGGUGCUGGGUUCAUGUUCGUGUGCUUCAUAAUCUUCGCCUCGAUCGGACACUUCAUGCUUGAUGUUCAGCACCCCGAGAACACCCCCGAAGUUGGCAAGGGUAUGAUCGUCGUCACAUGCUUCUUCAUUGCUGCCUACGCUAUGACCUGGGGUCCUAUGGUCUGGGCCAUCGUUGCGGAGCUCUACCCCGGCAAGUACCGUGCCCAGGGUAUGGCUCUGGCCACUGCCUCCAACUGGUUGUGGAACUUCCUGAUCGGUUUCUUCACUCCCUUCAUCACCGGUGCCAUCGACUUCGCCUACGGUUAUGUCUUCGCCGGCUGUCUGUUGGUCGCUGUGUUUGUGAUCUACUUCUUUGUCAUCGAGGGCAAGGACCGCACUCUGGAGGAGCUUGACUGGAUGUACGUCAACAACGUCAAGCCGUGGCAAAGCAGCAGCUUCAAGAUGCCCGCUCUUCACUCCGCCGAGUACCGUCAGGACGAGGAGCUUUACCGCAAGGAGUCUCGCUCCUACCACGCGGAGAAUGCCUAA